AACCGUCCUCUUCGCUCGCCGCCCGUCCCCCCUCUCUUCCUCUCUCCUCCUUAUCGGCCUUCCCGCUUCUUCCAGCAACCAAAGAAGACAAACAAUAACACCAGCCUCACUCGCCACCAGUGGCAUAGGACUGCAGCAGGAACACCCGCUGCACCUACGGCCAUCAUGAUGUCUCCCGCUCUCGAAGAAAAGCCCGGGUUCGAGAACAUCGAGGCCGCUGACUCGGACCAGGGCGUCGCCGCCACCAACAAUGACAGUAAAGCGGCGUCUGCCGCCAAAGCAGCAGCAGACGACUUCGGCUUCUCGCUGGCAGAGCAACGCAGAAUCACGCGGCAGGUCGACCGCCGGCUGGUGCUGACCGUCGGGGCCAUGUACUGCGUCAGCCUGAUGGAUCGCACCAACCUGGGCGCGGCCAACAUCGCGGGGAUGGCGAAGGACUUGGAGUUGAUUGGGAAUCGAUAUAGCGUCAUCUCGCUCGUCUUCUUCGUGACAUACGUCGUGUUCCAGCCGCCGUCGACCGUCAUCGUGCGCAAGAUCGGCCCGCGCAUCCACCUGGCCGCCAUCACGCUGCUCUGGGGCGCCUGCAUGACCGGCAUGGGUUUCGUCAAGAGGUGGGACCAGAUGGCCGGCCUGCGCGUCCUGCUCGGCGUGCUCGAGGCCGGCUUCUUCCCCAGCUGCGUCUACCUGCUGAGCACGUGGUAUACGCGAUACGAGGUUGGAAAACGGAACUCGGUCUUCUACCUGGUUGGCUGCGUUGCCGCGGCGUUUGCGGGCAUCCUGGCCUACGGGAUCAUGCAGAUGGGCGGCCUGUCCGGGCUCAACGGCUGGCGCUGGAUCUUCAUCAUCGAGGGCAUACUGACUAUGCUGCUCGGCAUUGCUGGCUACUGGCUAGUAGUGGACUUUCCCGAUGCGAAGCGCCGUAACUGGAGCUUCCUUGGGACGAGGGAGCGUGAGUGGAUCUGCGCCCGCGUGGAUGCCGACCGCGGUGAUGUCAAACCGCUUCCCUUCUCGCUGGCCAAGUACCUGCGCGCGGGUAUGGACAUCAAGGUGUGGGCGUACGCCAUGAUCUUCUUCAACACGACGACCAUCACGUACGCGCUCGCCUACUUCCUGCCCAUCAUCCUGACCGAGAACCUGGGCUUCAGCGUGGGCGCGUCGCAGUGCCUGGUGGCGCCGCCCUACGCGUUCGCGGGCAUCGUCAUGUACGCCACCGGCUGGCUGGGCGACCGGUACCGCGUGCGCGGGCCCAUCAUCGUCUUCAACAUGCUGCUGUGCAUCAUCGGCCUUCCCAUCGUGGGCUUCCACUCGAGCGCCGCCGUGCGCUACUUUGGCGUCUUCCUCGUCACCGCCGGCGCCAACUCCAACGUGCCGGCGGCCAUGUCGUACCAGGCCAACAACAUCCGCGGCCAGUGGAAGCGCGCCUUCUGCAGCGCCACCUUCGUGUCGUUCGGCGGCAUCGGCGGCAUCGCUGGGAGCUUGGUGUUCCGCAGCCAGGACGCGCCCGCCUACCACCCGGGCCUGUACGCCUGCAUCGCUACCACGCUGCUGAACAUGGUCAUCGUCGGCUGUCUGAGUCUCUACUUUUACCGGCUCAACAAGCAGGCGGACCGGGGCGAGCGGGAGCUGGAGUGUGAUGCGGACGACACUUACGAGCCCGGGUUCCGCUAUACAUACUAGGAGGACCGCUGGAGUGGUUGCUGGUGCCAUGUGGCGUGAUUGAUGACAAGCUAGCCCAUUGACGGAUCAUGUCUUCCUUGGCUACGAGUGCAAAUGAAUGAUCUCAUUACAAGCCACUCAGUCGUGCUUGUGUC